AGGAGCCAGCGCCAGGCAGCUGCACCGCGCCCGCGGGCUCCAGCGGCCGGGCCAUGCGAGCGGGCUGAGCCCGGCCGGCCGGCGGCAGGCUGUGAGGUGCUGGUGUCUCGUCCCGCUUGGAGCCUGAGGCCCAGCGCGCCCUUCUGCCUCCCCGACGUCACCAAUGCGACCAUGGGAACUGGCAGUCAAUAGGCGGCCUCCCUCUGCCCCCUUCAACCCGCGGCGUUUCUCGGGGGGACCCUGCAGCAGCCCCGAGCACCUCAGGCGAAGCCCCCCUUCCAGGCGUCCGUGGGGACGACGCGACCGACCUCUGCAAACCCUGCUGGCCCAGGAUGAGAACUACCUGCGCCCUGCCUUCCCCCCGCAGCAGCAGCACCUCCCUGUAGAUGAGCCCCGAGCGUACGCUCUCGCCAGCACGCCACCACGAAUGCUUCACCCAGCCGCUCACCCGCCCCACCAGAGCCCAUUCAUGGUGGAUCUCCACGAGCAGGUGCACCAGGGCCCCGUCCCCCUCUCCUACACGGUGACCACGGUAACGACGCAGGGCUUUCCUAUCCACGCAGGCCAGCACAUCCCCGGGUGCAGCGCGCAGCAGCUCCCAGCAUGCUCCAUGAUGUUCAGCGGGCAGCACUACCCACUCUGCUGCCUCCCGCCCCCUCUCAUCCAGGCAUGUGCCAUGCAGCAGCUGCCCGUCUCCUACCAGACGUUCCCGCCCAUCCUCUCCAGCGACCAUUACAUCCUGCACCCGCCCCCGCCAGUGCCGCCGCACCAGCCCCCGCACAUGGCCCCCCUCGGCCAGUUCCUACCGCUGCAGGCCCAGCACCCGCGCAUGCCUCUGCAGAGGAUAGACAAUGAGGUGGAGUUGCGAGGGGAGCAGCAUGCCAUCGGGGGCUUCGCCUACCCGCCCUCUCCCCACGCCCCAGCGCUGUCCCCCUCUGUCCCGCUGCAUUACCUCCCCCACGACCCGCUGCACCAGGAGCUGCCGUUUGGCGUGCCAUACCCACCCAUGAUGCCACGGCGACUGAAUACCCAGCGAUACCGACUGCAGCAGCCACUGCCGCCCCCCCCACCGCCGCCCCCCCCCUACUACCCGAGCUUCCUGCCGUACUUCCUCUCGAUGCUCCCCGUGUCGCCGACGGCCGUGGGGCCCACGCUCAGCCUCGACCUGGACGUGGACGAUGUGGAGAUGGAGAAUUACGAGGCGUUACUGAACCUGGCUGAGCGGCUGGGCGAGGCCAAGCCGCGGGGCCUCACCAAAGCAGACAUCGAACACCUCCCAUCGUACCGCUUCAACCCCGAGAGCCACCAGUCGGAGCAGAGCCUGUGCGUCGUGUGCUUCAGCGACUUCGAAGCUAGGCAGCUGCUGCGGGUCCUGCCCUGCAACCACGAGUUCCACGCCAAGUGUGUCGACAAAUGGUUAAAGGCGAACCGCACGUGCCCGAUCUGCCGGGCGGACGCGUCCGAGGUGCACCGGGAGGCCGAGUGAGGCUCACAGACACUCUGCCGCACAAUUCGCUAGAGGAAGAGGACCUUGGGCGAGGGGCCCGGGCCACCAGCCCGCCCCCUGGGCCCGGCCGCACGCUUAGCCCCAAGGCUCUCCUCGGCUGUGGUGAGAAUAGACGCAAUCUAGGAUCCCGGACACCCCACCUCCUCCCCGCCUGCGCGGCACGGCCAGGGCCCGGGGCGCUCCCUGUGGCGCCGGGGCUGGCCCCGGAAUGGUGCUGGGGGGUGUGGGCGGCGGCGCCUCCCUGUGCUCCGCGCACCCCAGAGACGCCGGCCUUGCGCCAUCACUUUCAGCUCUUUGUAUCUGUUGGGUUUGGGUUUUCUGUUGAGUUUUGGUUUGUGGCUGCGUGACCCGGCGCCGGAGCGAGCCUGGCAGGUUUGAUCGCACCAGCAGCUCGAAGCAGGAGGGCCAGGCGAGCUGCCCGGGACGGACUGGGCCCUGGCGGGCAGCAGGAGGAAAUGGUCAGUGGGGCACCGGGCACAGCUACUCGAGGCAUUACCAGGGGCCAGGCCUCUCCCACUUCCCAGUCCAGCCUCCCAUGGAGAGCGGGUCGGGCUGGGCCUGGCGCUGUCCUGCUGGAGCUCGGACAGGAGGAUCCCCAUUGUCCUUCCCUCCCUGGGCCGGCCGCUCUCCCCAGGCUGAGCUCCAGCAAUACUAUUCCCGCGCCGUCGCUGACAGGUGGUGGGCAAAACCUCCCGGUCCCUGCCAGUGUGCCUGGUGGAGAGACCCUGCAUGCCACAGGGGCACCUGUCUUUCUAGAAGGCGAAUGAGGUGCGUCCCUGGUGCGGAGAGCCCCCGGUGGGCAUGUCCCUGGCUUGCAGGGCAGGUGGCCCCGGAGUGUGCUCCUGCCUCAUUUUUCGAUAUUCUCACGGUGAAUUGUAACUGCCCUGUGCAGAGGGUGACGCAGGAGCCCCCUGUACUCCCAGCCCCCCGUGAGCAUCCCAGCAGGGCCCUGCGCUGGCCGGUGGAUGGGGGGGAGGAGGUGGGCAUUGAUUUAUGGAUCUUCCCUUCCCCCAGCUUGUAUCAUGGAAACGCUGAGCGGGUUCUGCCCCUCCCCACCUUCCCGUCCCUUCCUCUGCCUCCAUCCCGGCCCUGUGCCCUGGUAAUGCCUCUGCAUGGUCUGUUGCUUGUGCCCUGGGUCUGGUCCUUCGGGUGCGUGCACGCUGCUGCCCAGACGCCUCCCAGUCAAAGCAAGGGAGCGGCCAAGCCGGUGCCCGAAAUGUUUGUCGUGGAAGUUGUGUUGCAUGAUGUAACGAGAAGAACCCUCUUCCUGGGGUGUGCUCCGGGUGCAGGGAGACGGACGCCAGCCCCGUGUAGAUGUUCACAAUAUGCAUGCGUGUCCGAGCAGCUUGGGACGUGGUAUUGACUCCCUGGCCAGCGGGGGCGAGGGGCUCUGGGCUCAGCUCACUACUGCCAGGCACCGGACUGCACGUGGCCAGCGCCUCAGGAGGACCGUAAGAUUUUCAGGACAUUUCCCCCCUCCCCCCAAGGUAAACUGAGUCAGGAGGAGCCCAGGGAGGAGGAGCCAGCUUAACCAACAAACGCACACGGACGUUCCCUCUCCACCAGCCAGAGGUGAGAAGUUGGGGGGGGGGAGGCGGUCAGAGAGAGGAGCGCCCCCUUCUCAUUGGUGUGCCCCACCCCUCCCUCGCUCACUUGCACCUGGGGCGAGGGUUGGCCACGAGAAUGGCCCCCCGGUGCUCUGAGCUUCCCACAGGCAGACUGGGGCUGUGUACCCUCCCCCCAGGGUGGAGGGACUGGUCUGCUGGUGGGAAGCCCUGAGCUGGGCCCUGGUGGCUGCAGCUAGGGGUGGGGGUGGGUCAGGGCCAUGCACUGGCUUAGCAAUACUGCGCCCUGGAGCAGGGGGAAAGUCCAGGGACUGAGCCGGGUCCCUGCAGCCAUGCAGGGUUUGGGGGUCCAGGAAGCCUGACCCCAGGGGGCUGGUGUUCAGAAUCCAGCUGGCAGUGUGGGGGUGGGAGGGCCCGUUUUCCCCCCCACAGGUUAGCUCAAGGCAGAGCUGGGAGCCUCCCAGCCUGGCACCUUUGUGCCUCUUGCACCAUGUGCCUGGGGCAUGGGGAGGCCGGACUGUGGCCAAACAGCAGCUUCGGAUUGGCAGAAGCGAAGGCCUUUCCUGCCCUCUCAGCCAAUAGAAUCACGGUAUCCUCCAGACGGGGCCCAGCUGCUCCAUUACGGACAAUCCAGUUUGUCGCGGAAGCUUUUACACUGUCCCGGGAGAGCUGCCCUUCCGGCCGGUGAGGCACCGGGCUGGCGUUUGCUCUGGGGCCAGCGAGCAGCCCCCCUGGCUCCUCCUGCCUGCCAGGCCAGGGCCGGCUCCUGCACUCAGGCAAACCGCACAGACACCAGCAGCUCCUGGGGGACCAGGUGCCCCGGCCAGCCCCUCCUCCCCCGUUUUCAACGUUUUUAUUUCACGGACACGACUAACCAAAGGUCUCUUCUGUACAUAGCCACAGGUGACGUUUCUCUGUGUAUAGCCAAUCAGAGCAGUGUUGGCAUCCACCUGUUUUAACCCCUCUUUAAGAUGCCCGGUGAAAAGCCUUACGGUUCUUUUGAUGGUGACUCGAAAGCUCACAGCUCGUGUGCUGCAGAAUUUAUUCCAAUGAGCAGCUAAGGUCUCAUUUAAAAACAGCCCCCCAAUUAUUUAGGAUGUUUGUGAUUGCUGAUUGCGCUGUAGAUACCACUGUUACCAAUGAGUUCCUGUGGUGGGGUAGUGGACUGUUUACUGUUCUAUUAUUCCAGUCCCCAGGCCCUCCAGAGGGACAGCUCAGCGGCCCCCCUGGAUGGUGCUAGGACGCGUGUUCUGUGUUAGAAAGUUUUAUAUAUAUAUAUAAAUAUAUAUAUAAUUUUUUUUGCUCUGUUACUUGCACAUUUUACAGUUACCUCAUUUUUCCCAUGUAUGUAUUUGAGAAAAGGCUAAUAUAUAGAGAAAAAGGUUCUUAAAGCUCUAAAAGUGUUUUUUUCCAUUCCAUUGGACUCAUAUUGGUUUUGUAGCAUUUAACAUACCUAGUCUGUUGUAUUAUAUAUAUGUGUAUUAUACGGAUUGAAAUUUUUAACAGAUUUGUACUUUUUUUAAAAUGAAAGUUGCUAGUUCGGCUUGAUCAAGUAGUGCAAUCAUUAUUUUUUUUAAUGUUGUGGCUGAUUUUGAGAGGGAUAUUCACUAAUAAAUGUAUGAUGUAUACCAACGCGCCGUA